CCCCUUCCCCUCCCGCCCCUCCAACCAGCCGUUCGCCCACCCCCGCCCUCCCGGAUGGGGAAAAAAAAAAAAAAAGAUGUCAGCUCCUCCGCUGUAGUAUUGCUCCUUAAAAACCCCUCUCUCUGAAAAUGACAUGCCCUCGCAAUGUAACUCCGAACUCGUACGCGGAGCCCUUGGCUGCGCCGGGCGGCGGCGAGCACUUUAGCCGGAGUGCAGGCAUGUAUAUGCAAUCGGGGAGUGACUUCAACUGCGGGGUGAUGAGGGGCUGCGGGCUCGCGCCCUCGCUCUCCAAGAGGGAUGAGGGCAGCAGCCCCAACCUGGCCCUCAACACCUACCCGUCCUACCUCUCGCAGCUGGACUCCUGGGGCGACCCCAAAGCCGCCUACCGCUUGGAACAACCUGUUGGCAGGCCGCUGUCCUCCUGCUCCUACCCACCUAGUGUCAAGGAGGAGAAUGUCUGCUGCAUGUACAGCACAGAGAAGCGGGCGAAAAGUGGCCCCGAGGCAGCUCUCUACCCCCACCCCCUGCAGGAGUCCUGCCUCGGGGAGCACGAGGUGCCCGUACCCAGCUACUACCGCGCCAGCCCUGGCUACUCGGCGCUGGACAAGCCGCCCCACUGCGCCGGGGCCAACGACUUCGAGGCCCCCUUUGAGCAGCGGGCCGGGCUCAGCCAGCGCGCCGAACAUCUGGAGUCGCCCCAGCUCGGGGGCAAAGUGAGUUUCCCUGAGACCCCCAAGUCCGACAGCCAGACCCCCAGCCCUAGUGAGAUUAAGACCGAGCAGAGUCUGGCGGGCCCCAAAGGCAGCCCCUUGGAGGGCGAAAAGGAGCCGUCCAAAGCCGCCGACUCCAGCCCGGACACCUCGGAUAACGAAGCGAAAGAGGAGAUAAAGGCAGAAAACACCACAGGAAAUUGGCUGACAGCAAAGAGCGGAAGGAAGAAGAGGUGUCCCUAUACUAAACACCAGACGCUGGAAUUGGAGAAAGAAUUUCUGUUCAAUAUGUAUUUGACGCGAGAGCGCCGCCUGGAGAUUAGCAAGACCAUUAACCUUACAGACAGACAAGUCAAAAUCUGGUUUCAAAAUCGCAGAAUGAAACUCAAGAAAAUGAACCGAGAGAAUCGGAUCCGGGAACUGACCUCCAAUUUUAAUUUCACCUGAGCACCCAGCUUCUCUUCCCUCCUCCCCUCUCUCCUCCUCCUCCCUCCCUCCCCCCACCCCUCCUCCCUUUGUGCCUGGUGGUAUAUAUAUUUUUUCCUCCCUGAGUAUAAAUGCAACGCGCCUGCAAAGAAAGAAAAAAAAAAAGGCAAAGACCUCAGACUCUCCUUCCGAGGGACCUAUGGUUUGUGCUUCGAAGAUGCAUCUUCCUAAAGCAUGAGAAAUGGGUUGCCAGGGGGCUUGGGGUGUGGUGGCCUACCUAGAGGAGGGUGGGAGUGUGGCUGGUGUGUGUGUGUCAACCCCUCACUCUCCCACACACCCCCACACAGCAUACUCUUCUCCCUGAAAAGUUAAGGUCGAAUCCACCAGGCUAUGGGGGAAGAGGGGAGAGGAGGGGAGAAAAAAAGGAAAAGAAAAAGAACCAGAGGUCUGUAAUCUCACAGAGCACAGUCAGAAUCUCGCCUUCCUUGCUGCCUUUCCUCCUUAGAAUCAUAGGUGUUUCUGGAAAGUUCAGCUAGUGUUUGUGUGUUUGUUGUAGCAUCCAGCACCUCCACCAACCCCUCUCCCCGUGUCUUGACCUCCCAGUCUCUCUGAAAGUCUGCUUGAAGUCUCCUAUCUGUACUGCUUUCUGCUUUUUCCCUUUCUCCCAGCACACUCAUGCCCCCCCCCAUCCACUGACAUCUCAGAAAUUCCAUCCAGAGGAUAAAAAAAUUGUCUUAAGACUAGAACAUAGUAAAGCAAAGGCAGAAUGCCCCCCCACCUCCAUCACCUUGCCCUGUCUGGGAGUUGUGUUAUUUAAAGAUAUUCUGUAUGUUGUAUCUUCUGCAUGUAGCUUCCUUAAUGGAGAAAAAAAUCCUAAUAAAUUUCCAGAAUCAUAA